AUGGCCAAGAAGAGCGCGAAGUUGUUCAGUCCGGCGAACGCGGUGUACAGCGAAUGGGCGAUGCGCAACAACUUCGCCGUGUUGGAGUAUAGCCGAACAUGUCAAGCGGCUGCCUCUGGCUUCGCGGCCGGAAUCCUCGGUUUGACGGGACUUUCCGGUUUCAUGUUCUACUUUUUUUGCGCGUGCAUUCAAGCAGUGAUCUGGUACGUGAAAGCGGAUUUUCGAUGGGGCGAAUAUUUCGUAAAUAAGUCAUCUAUUCUCACUUACGGACUUUUUGGAGGGCUAUUUACCUACGUUUUGUUCUGGACUUUUCUUUACGGUAUGGUGCAUGUGUAUUAA